GUGCUUCGCCAUUGUUGGUAAAAAACGGUGAAUUGGUGGCAUGAUCUACACACACGCGUACACACAAGUUUAAGAACCCCGCCGGUUUUCAUAAGAUUGUUUACCCAUUAAAUGCAUCGUCGCGUUUGGUGUUUCUUGUGGAAUUUGAUUUUGCUUGAAGAGUUACGUGUCAGAUCAGAAAAUCUGGGAUAUCUUUCGGAGUGUUGAAACGAACCUCCGACAACGCCAAGAUUAAACUAUGGCUGACUUAUCAGUUAAGCUUCCUAAGCCAAAAUAUGGUCAAGUGGUGGUUUUGCAAAAAAAUGGUGAUGAGCCAAGAGGUCAUGGUUUUCCCCUCAUAUCUACUAGUUGUGUGGUUGGUCGCAGUACAGCAGCUGAUAUACGAAUCUCUUCUGCUGACGUCAGCCUCACACAUUGUAUAUUUAUGAUUGAUGAAUCUUCUGGAGAAGCUUCUUUAGAAGUUCGUGGAAAUGAAACACAAGUUAAUGGAACCAUUGUCGACCCUGUUAAUACCAUUAAACUCAAUCACAAAGAUGUUGUUGUAAUUGGUGGAAGGAAAUUGCGGUUUGAAUAUCUACCUCCUGAUUACAAACCAUUGCCAAGUAAACCAAUACCAGGAGUUCCCUCUGAUUCAUUUAAUGCCGAAGUUGUAGAUCUAGAGGAAAAUGGUGAUGUUGUUGAUAGCAAUGCAGAAAAAGAAGAAGAAGUUUUGCAGGAAGUGCUUAGUACUCCAGCCGCCAAACGCGUUUCUUUUGGGCCUUACCUGAGCCCCGAACAGUUUGAUAAUACUCUGCCACCAGCUACGCCAAUUAAAAAAGGCGCUACUCCUCGUCGUUCUACUCGAUAUUCCGGAUUGAAAUUUACUCGAUCUAUGAUCGAUCCACUGGUCGAAGAGGAUGUCACACUAGAGUCACCAUCAAAAGAACAGCCAGUAAUCAAUAGUAAAGACUGCAUUGAUGAAACGAUCAUUUCUGAAGAUGAUGCAGAUGCCUCAGUUUCUAGCUUGGCUCCAGCCAGCGAGACUGCCAUUGUUGACAGUAGCCCAUCUUUAGGGAUAGGGGUUGAAUUUCCUGAACUUUCAAACUCUACCAAUUUGGAAAUGUCGGUUGACGCAAUGUCAACUUUGUCGGACGUAUCAAAUAUUGCCGCCGUCCCAUCCGAAUGCUGUUCGUUCCUUGAUGAACCCAUCGAAGAAGACGAAUUCGGCCCUGAGGUUGUCGAACAAGAGGAAGAAUCUCUUUCACAAAUGGAAGACACUUCAUUAUUUUCUGAAGAUAUUAUCGGAGUGGGAAUUCCAGCCUCGGCGAUGACGACGUCUCGUCUAACAAACGGUACUGAAUUGCUGCGAUCAUUUACAACAUCGUCACUAGCUGAGAACAUGGGCGACGAAGAUGAAGAGGAAGGCAUUACUCUGUCACCGGAAGACAUGUCAGCAGUGAAAAACGGGCAUGGCUCAAUCAUCGAUUCUACAACUGUAUUGGAAGUAGAAACCCAGGAAACACCAGUUCCUGUGAAAAUGAAAGAAAUUCCAUCAUCUCCUCAAGUGGAUGAUUCUGAUGUUGGACAAGUCGAGCAUCUAGUGGAGACACAGAAACUCAUUCCAGUCACACCUAAGGCUGAUAGCGCCAGUGUCGGAGAUGCCAAGCAAUUAUCCCAGAUACCUGAAGCAUCGACCGAAGGUUUCGCAAAAGUAGUUGAAACUACGGCAGCCGUCGUGGUUGAAAGAGUGGAACAAGUCGAUAUUAUUAAUAUCAAUGCCGAUUUAGAAAAAGUGAUGGAGACUCCUGAAUGCUCCCCGGGGAAGGCUUCAUUGCAAACUGCAAGUCCGGUUUCCGAAACGCCGAAAUUAGAAAGAGAGAAAGAAACCGAUAAAACAGUGAAAACUCAAGUUUAUCAGACGCCUAAAGCUGAUGGUGCCAUUACUAAGGCAAGGGACACGUUGGCUGAAACACCCAAAGCUUUGCCUGCAAGUCCUAAAUUGGACAUCACCGACCUGGAGGGAGUUGCUCGUCUCCUCGAGACCCCCAAAUCAUCACGUUCGACCGCCACGGCUGCUGCUAUUGGUAAAACACCUCAAGCGGACUAUACCGAUGUCCGAGGGGUGAAAAAGCUUCUCCAGACACCAAAACCUCCACCAAACACACCUAAAGCCGAUUACAGGGACGUCAGAGGAGUCAAAAGACUUUUAGCUACACCUAAAGCAGCUCCCAGCACGCCAGUAGCCGACUACACUGACGUGGAAGGUGUCAAUCUCCUCAUGAAGACUCCCAAAGCAGCAGGUGCGCUGCCUCAAACUGACGAGGAAAAAAACAAAAUGGAGGUUUCGGAGGAAUCACCUGGAAAAUUGGUUAUAGCGGAGGAAUCCAAACCCGAGGGUCCAUUAGAAGUACCUGAAACGACUAAGAAAAAUGCUGAUGAGACAAAGGAUAUCAAGGAAACGGCUUCAGGGGACAAAGAAGUUCAGCCGGAGAAAGCAGCAAGUGACGUAAAAGAAAGCAGUUCGCCGGAUAAACCAGUUGAAAUCCCGAGCGAGGAUAAGCCAGAGGAAUCUGUGAAAUUGCAAGACAAAAGUGAGCCAACGGUAGAAGAGGAAUUGACUACGGCGUCAAACCGAGGUCGCAGGGCUCCGUCAACUAAAGCUGACUAUGGUGGAGUCAGUGGAUUCAAACGAGUUUUGAGGAUCCCGAGAGUUCCUGGAACCCCAAAAGCAGAUUAUUCGAAUGUGGAAGGCAUUGAUCUGCUCAUGAAAACACCGAAAUCAAAAGAAGUUCCACCUCAAAGUAGCGAGGAUAAAAAACAUGAGACUGUCUCGGAACAAGCAGCCGAGAAUGCGGCCAUGGAAUCAUCGUCUGAGACAUCACUGAAGUCUGUCGAAUCAAUGAAAGAGAUCAAAGAAGACGCUUCACAGAGUGAUGAAAAGGACGCCGUCCCGGAAGUUGAAGAGCAAGAAACUAAAGAGGCUGAAGGCGAAAAAGAAGCUCCUCUUCCACGUCGAGGUCGUCGAGCUGCCACGCCAAAAACUCCAAGCACACCCAAAGCGGAUUACAGAGAUGUCAGUGGAGUCAAACGGCUAUUGAAGACUCCUAAAGCUGAUUAUUCCGAUGUGGAAGGUGUCGAUCUCCUGAUGAAGACACCGAAACCGAAAGAUCCUGUUUCUCAAACCAUCGAAGAAGAAAAACCUGAGGCCAUUCCCGAAGCUGUGCCCGAAAAGGUUGAAGAGUCAACAGCUGAGUCAUCGCAGGAAUCCUCCGAAACAAAGGAAACGAUCGGUGAAAGUUCUGAGGAAAGCACAACGGUAGACUCGCACGUUAGCCAAGUCCAGCUGCCAAUCGAGGACGAGACUCAAGUUGAAAAAGAAACCACACUUCCACGUCGAGGUCGCCGUCCUGCUACUGCUGCUGCUGCUAAAACCAACACUCCUAAAGCUGAUUACAGAGAGGUUAGUGGAGUGAAACGGCUUUUGAGGACUCCGAAAGCUGCACUUGCUACUCCUAAAGCUGAUUAUUCCGAUGUGGAAGGAAUUGACCUUCUCAUGAAAACGCCCAAAGUGAGUGACGAGAUCGUUGAGGCCGUUCGGGAAGAAUCAACAGACAUCAUUGAAUCAACGCCUGGGUCUUCAGUGGAAGCCCCUGAAACGACCGAACUCGUCGAAAAGGAGGAUGCUGUCGUUUCCGCACAAGUUAAAGAACCUCAGCCGACCCAAGAGGAAGAAACCGAAGAGGUCGACGCUAAAAAAGAAGUGGCUGCUCCUCGUCGAGGUCGUAAACCUGCUGCUGCUGCUAAAACAAACACGCCCAAAGCCGAUUAUCGGGACGUAAAGGGAGUCAAGCGGCUCUUGAAGACCCCGACAGCAGCAACUAGUACCCCGCAAGCUGACGACUCUGACGUAGAAGACGUUGAUGUUCUAAGAAAAACACCUCAAGCUGGGGAUCCUGAACCGGAAAAGGCCGAGGAAGUGAAUGUUCCAGAAGGAUCAUCAGAGAAGCCAGCCGAGGAAGCAACAGCGGAGGCUAACCAAUCGAACGAAGAGGAAGCUAAACGAGAGGAAGCUAAACGAGAGGAAAACGCUGUCUAUGAGCCUCGGUUGAAUGUGGAAGAAGAGGCUGAAGUUGAAAAAGAGGCCACACCUCCCCGAAGAGGUCGUCGAGCUGCUCCGAAAAGCAAUACUCCGAAACCAGGUGGACGCGCAAAACGGAAGCAACCUUUGUCGGAUUCCGACAGUCAACCUGAAUCGAUUGGAACUGCGGAUGCCCCAUCUGCCAGCGAAAAAGAGGAGCAAAUCGAUGAAGAAAAGGCGGAUUGCCCUGUGAAAUCGGCGGCCAAAAUCAGCACUCCAAAACGAAGUCGCCGAGUGCCCUCGACCAAAGUAGAAACUCCAAAGGCAGUUCGAUCGACUCGAGGGAAACGACCAUCCGAAUCGGACAGUGGCCAAUCAGAGGAAGUCGAAAGCCGACCGUUGCGAUCCAAAAGGAGAAAAGAAGAGCAAUUGAGUGAGAAGUUGACGCUGUCUCCUGUCGUUCGACUCCAGCGCAUCGACAUCGCAGCGGAAGGCACCCCUUCCUCGGAAAGGGUGGCCAAAGUGACUCGCAAAAGGGGCUCUGUAUCCAGUGGAGAAGAGUGGGGAGUACCCGAGCAAGUCAAACCGAUUCGACGUGGCCGAGGACGUCCACCGAAAGUUGUUGCUCACAAAACAGUUGAAGAAGAGAAAGCGGAAGAGGAACCGCUACGGACUGCAACGCACAAGGGGAAAGCUGCUGCCGUUGAAGAACCAAUCUCGUCCGACGAAGAACUCGAAGAUGUCGAGGUGAAAUCGACAAAGAAAACAACAGUAGGUCUACGUCGAGGAGCUGUCAAACGGACCUCCGUUCCGGAGAAAGAAGAAAUUGCGCCCGAAGGGAAAAGGCGUCGCGGUGAAACAAGAGCCAGUAAACACGUUACUGGAUUGGAUGACGUCGAGAUGUUACACGAAGGCAAAGGACACGCUGCCGACAUUCAUGCCAAUCAUAUGCCGGACGAAGUGGAAACGAACGAAGAAUCACCAGUCACUUGUGUCAAAAGUGGUCGAUCUACUCGCGCAAAGAGCGCACUCAAAGUUCAUUUUGACGUGGCCGAAACGGCGCCUUCGCCAGUCAGAUCCACCCGUUCGGCACGGAAAACGACAGUAGCGACAGCUACACCGGCUGACAAAAAAGUCUCGGUCCAACUAGAACGCGAUCCCGACAUUGAAACUUUGGCCGCUACAGCGCAAGAGGAGGAAGACAAGGCACCGGCCACCAAACGUUCACGUCACAAGAAGGGGCUAAAAGCUUCUGUGACGACGAUGGCGGAUGAAUCUCCCGCCGUACCGGCCACAAUAAAACGGACACGUGGUGGCAAGAAAACAACUAGUGAGCCUGAGCUCCAUCAGCAGGAUACCUCAGCGCCACCGUCACCUCGCCGUACUCGACGUACUAGAAACAUCUAACAGAAGAACCCAUCAAUUUAUUAUUUUUUUUUUUUUUUAUUCUCUAUUUUAUUUUCUUUUUUGUUUUACCCAUUAUUUUUACCAUUGAAUAAUUUGUUCACAUAUCGGAUUCUAUUCUGCUUUUGGGUUUACUUCUGUACCUUUUCCCCCAAGUUGGCUUCAUUACGUAUUCCUAUCAAUGCGUUGAGGCUCACUUGAUUAUCAUUUUGCUUCUUUAAAUUUGUGUCCAAUUUUCAUUCUUAGCGACGCCCAAGCAAUUUUGAAGAAAUACAGAUUUUGGUACGGUUGGUUAAGUAUUUCACAAUUGGCAUGGAUUGUGUUGUGUGUGUGUUACAAAUAUUUGGAUGUUGGAGGAUCUACUGCACGAGAGCCGCAACAUAACUCGAAUUUAUCUUUACCAACAAUACAAGACUUACCAUUGUAAACCCGAAA